AUGGCGAUGUCUUGUUUUUCAAACGACAAAGCACCGCGUGCAAAUUCCGAUGUAGAAGCCAGUAUGUCAUUGCCGCAAUCCAAAUCAUUGAAAUGGCUAUUUAAACAAAAUGAAACAAUUAUCCAAAAAGCAAAAAGCGUUUUAACACGACGAAAAACAAAGAAUAUCGAGCAACUUCAUAGCAUUUCUGAAAAAUCGGACGUAUUUUUCUUGAAGAAGAAGCGCUGGCAGACUGCAAUACUGGCAAAUAUUGGUUUCAUUAUAGCAUUCGGAAUUCGCUGCAAUUUUGGUGCUGCGAAAGGACGAAUGAUUAAUAAUUUCACCGAUCCAUUUGGCAAUAAUUAUACGCAGCAAUUUUAUUGGUCACCAACUGAGCUCGGUUUUAUGGAGAGUGCGUUUUUCUAUGGCUAUGCUAUUACACAAAUACCAGGCGGUAUGCUUGCAGCCAAAUUUGCGCCGAAUUUAUUAUUCGGAUUUUCAAUACUCGUUGCUUCCGUCCUUAAUUUAUUUUUGGCGCUAGCACUAAGCGCACAUCCACACACUGAUUUCAUUGUCCUCGCCAUACAAAUCUGUCAAGGCCUUUCACUGGGACUAAGUUAUCCAGCAAUGCAUGGUGUUUGGCGACAUUGGGCACCACCGAUGGAACGAUCCAAACUUGCCACAACCACAUUUACUGGUGGAUAUCUAGGAGUAAUGAUCGGUCUACCGAUUUCUGCUUAUCUUGUUUCGUAUAUCGACUGGUGUGCACCUUUUUAUUUUUUUGGAGCUGCGGGGAUAUUGUGGUUUCCAAUUUGGUUCGCUGUUAGUGCAUCAACACCAGAAAAGAGUAAAUCGAUUUCGGAUGACGAAAAACGAUUUAUUAUCGAACAAGUUGGGCAAGUCACAUCUUCACCAGCAACGCUAACAACGAUUCCAUGGAAAGAAAUUUUGUUAUCCGCACCGGUAUGGGCAAUUGUUAUCAAUAAUUUUUGCCGUUCCUGGACUUUUUUUCUACUGCUUGGUAAUCAAUUAACAUAUAUGAAGGAUGUGUUGCACCUCGAAAUACAAAGCGGUGGUUUAAUAUCAUCGCUACCGCAUGCUCUGAUGUCAGUAGUUGUGUUAGCUUCGGGUCAAAUGGCCGAUUACCUUCGCUCAACUGGUAAAAUGUCAACUCAGAUGGUUCGCAAAUUAUUCAACACAUUAGGUUUUGGUGGUGAAGCGCUAUUUCUUUGCUGCUUAUCUCUUAUCAGUGAACCAUCUGCUGCAGUUACCACAUUAAUAUUUGCUGCAGGAUGUAGUGGCUUUGGUAUCGCAGGAUUCAAUGUAAAUCACUUCGAUAUAGCGCCAAGGUAUGCUCCCAUCCUCAUGGGUUUCUCAAAUGGUAUUAGCGCUUUGGCUGGUGCUGGCGGUUUUAUUCUGGAACACCUUGUCGCUACACAGGGUAUCAAAGAAGGUUGGAGGAUAUCAUUUUUGAUAGCAGCUGCUAUUGAUCUCACUGCCAUGAUCAUAUUUAUUUUAUUCGCUAAGGGAGAACUCCAACAAUGGGCCAAGGAAAAGGAGCCUCAGCAAAGCAUGGAAGACAUUGUUCGCCGACUAUCAUACAUUAUGAGACGAAUGUCAUCUCGCCGACGGCCAGAAUCAGGCGUAAAGCAUGAGCGACUAUGUGAAGAAAAUGAAGCUAAAAGUGGCUGGUCUACAAGGGCAACAGUAGACAACGAGAAUCAAGGAAUGAAGAAGCAAGAUACGACGCAACUCAUUUCGACGUGA